AUGUCUAACGAUUUUGUUACAUUUAACAUUCGCUAUAAAAAAGCAUUAUUUGAACUUAAAAUAAAAACUCCUGGAGACGUAUCUGGAUUUAUUGAAAAACUGAAAAAUGAAUUAAAAUUAGAGGAAACAGACGAAUUAGUGAUAUUAUGUCCAACACCUGACGGAAAGAUGAUGGAAAUCCAUUCAGAUGAUGACAUUGAAUUUUUAAAGAAAACAAAACUUGCCUAUAAUGCUGUAACCAAAGAAAUUUAUUGCAAUGUAGAACUUGUGGUAACCGUAAUUCAUGAACUGCCAGAUGACACAAAAGCUCAAUUUGUGAUGUUAUCAAAUAAAAUUGACAAAUUAGCAUCUAAAAUUGAUGGACUAUCAGAUGACUUUACCAAAAAAAUGUAUGAAAAUAAAACCAGUACUUUUUCAAGUAUUAGGUCGAUUAUGGCUGAACACUUAGACAUAGUUUCUGGAAACAAAUCCAAGAAUAAUACCUUAGGCGAAGAAGACCUAGACAUAAAGCCCAACCUUGGUCUGCGCCAGAAAAAAAUCAAGAAGGACAAGGAAAAGUUGUCCUCGACUGCUGGAACUAAUGAUAACUUAUCAACCAUUUCUGAAAACUUGAUGAAUUUGAAAUUGGAUGCACAACCAACAGCUUCAGGUCUCAUAUCCAAAGAUAUUGAUGUUUUAUUAGAGAUGUUAGUAGCAGAUGGAUAUACUAACACUAUACAGAAUAUUAUAGUAUUGAAAAGAUUUGAUAACAAUUAUGAAAAAGCCAAAAAUUAUUUAAAGUCAACCGCUACAUAA